AUGAAACCCUUGGAUAUCAUCUCUUUGGUUGUCUAUGGGACUACUAUAGUGCUGGGGUUGCCUUCUAAUGUCCUGGCCCUCUAUGUCUUCUACUGCCGAGCCAAGGCGCGUCUGACACCCAAUCUCAUCUACAUGAUGAACCUCUGUCUGUCCGACUUGGUCUUCAUUCUCUUCUUGCCGCUGAAGAUGCUGGAGAUGGUGAAAAUGGAGCAGCCAAUGCCGAGUUUCCUUUGCCCUCUUUACAAUCUCAUGCACUUUGGCACAAUCUACACCAGUGCCUGCUUUCUGACAGUGGUCUCCGUGGGGCGUUACCUGGGAGCUGUUUAUCCCAUACACUAUCAGGUUCACAAGAAGGCUUGUUACUCUUGCCUGGUCUCAUUGGGCAUUUGGUGCUUGGUUGGAUCUCACGGGCUUCUCAUCUUUGCCCUCGAGACUACCAGAGACAUCAACUCCACCCUGUUUGCUGGUGAGGACACCUCUUGCUACAGCAAUUUCAGCCAAGCCCAAAUUGACUUGUUGGCUCCGGUGCGGCUGGAGCUGUCCGUGGUACUUUUCUUCCUGCCCUUGGCCAUCACCUCUUUCUGCUAUGUCGGCUGCAUCCGUGUCCUGGUUGGGUCUCAUCUUCACCAACAGAAGAAGCGGCGUGCAGUGAAGGUAGCAGUGGCCACUCUUGUGGUCUUUGUCCUCUGUUUUGGUCCUUACAACGUGUCCCAUGUCGUGGGCUUCAUCCAAUGGAGAGACAUUGAAUGGCGCAAUAUCGCUUUACUCCCCAGUGCAUGCAAUGCUUUUCUGGACCCCCUCAUCUUCUAUUUCCUCUCCUCUGACAUGGAUGAUAGCAUUGCUCAAGUGUGGCUUUCCUUGAGAAAGAAAUAUAGCUCCAUCUGGCUGAAGAUCGCCUUAGCCCAUGGCAAGGCAAGGAGUCAACAGCCAGUCUCCAGCGUGGCCUGA